CCCCGCCCCUGCUCGCGAAGUGGCGUCACUUCCGGCGCCUGCGCGCGGCGUCCGCGGGCCGCGGGAUGGCGGCGCUGAGGCGUUGGCUGUGGCGGAGCGUCGCCUCCUACUUCAGGUGCCGACCGGGGCCGGCCGUGGCCAGCUGCAGGAAGCGCCGCCUCUCGGAGUUGCUGAGGCCGUGGCACCGGCCGGCGGCCGUGGGGCUCGGCGUGGCCCUGUGUGCGGUGCCCAUCGCGCAGAAAUCAGACCCUCAGUCUCUCAGUAACGAUGCGUUAAUGAGGAGGGCAGUGUCCUUGGUAACAGAUAGCACCUCUACAUUUCUCUCUCAGACCACAUAUGCUCUGAUCGAGGCCAUCACAGAUUAUACUAAGGCUGUCUAUACCUUAAUUUCUCUCUAUCGGCAAUAUACAAGUUUACUUGGGAAAAUGAAUUCACAGGAAGAAGAUGAAGUGUGGCAGGUGAUCAUAGGAGCCAGAGUUGAGAUGACUUCAAAGCAGCAAGAGUACUUGAAACUGGAGACCUCUUGGAUGACUGCCGUGAGUCUUUCCGAGAUGGCCGCGGAAGCUGCCUACCAGACAGGAGCAGAUCAGGCCUCUAUAACUGCCAGGAAUCACAUCCAGCUGGUGAAGUCACAGGUGCAGGAGGUCCGCCAGCUCUCCCAGAAGGCGGAGACCAAGUUGGCCGAAGCACAGACAGAGGAGCUCCGUCAGAAAGCUCAGGAGGAAGCGGAUGAGAGGGCUGAGGCGGAGCACGAUGCCUACCUACGAGAGGAUUGAGGGUCGGAGCCGCCGCCCGUGUCUGAGUGGGAAGCAAGGCGGACCCCACCUUCCCCCACGGUGGCAGCUGCCUGCAGAGGACGCUGCAGGCCUGAGGCCUUUGAGCCGUGGCAGCCUGGCCCCUUCCCCACAUCUCAGGCUUAUACUGCACCUGUUCUUCGCCCGAGGGCACCGCACUUUGUUCAGCGACUCACAGCUGCCCUCCCACCCUCCCCUCCCGUUGCUGGGCCAGAGCGGGCUCUCGGUAGUCCUGUCCCAAAGUUUGGUGGCUGUUCUAACUUUAGUUUCCAAUCUGACUCACACUGACUUACUGUUUGCUCCCUCCAGAACCGUUUUUUGAGAACAGGGGAACCUUUCCUGUUAGGUUUCUUUUAGUAUUUGGUUUCCUUUCCUGCCCUGUGAGUCCACUCAGAUCCAGGAGCCCAGCGGCCACAGUAUCUGGGGACAACCAGAGCGGACCUGGUGCUCUCAACAGGCCUUACUCAGCACCGUGUUCUCUCCUCCUUGCUAGUAGCUGUUGAAACUGAAUAAU